CCCCGCGCGCGCAGCGUUCCUACACAGAGAGGCGCGCGGAGGCGCAGAGGCGCGGAUGUGUGCGCGCAGCGGCCAACAUGCAGUCCGUCAGCAGGUCGUGGCUGCUGCUCUCCGGCUUCGUGCUCUUCUACGUCAUCUACCUGCUGUUCGGCGCGCUGGUGUUCUCCAGCAUCGAGCGGCCGGUGGAGGAGCGGCUGCGCCACGACAUGCAGGUCCUGACGCAGGAGUUCCUCAACCGCAGCUGCGUCAACGCCGCGUCCCUCGAGCUCUUUCUGCUCAAGGUGCUGCGGGCCAACAAGUACGGCGUGUCCGUCAUCGGGAACUCCUCCGGAGCCACAAACUGGGACCUGACAUCCUCUAUGUUCUUCGCCAACACCCUGGUCACCACAGUGGGUUAUGGUCACACUUCUCCUCUGUCUGACGCUGGUAAAGCCUUCUCCAUCUUCUACGCCUUGCUGGGAGUUCCCUUCACCAUGCUGGUGCUGACCGCCUGCGUGCAGAGGCUCAUGUACCCGCUGGUCAUCGCCCCGGUUGGCGCUCUGCAGAGCUCGGGUUUGAACCCUCGCCCGGCGACUACCAUCCACUUCGUGGUGCUGCUGGUUCUGGUGCUUCUGGGCUUCUUUUUGGCGCCGGCGGCCGUGUUUAGUACGCUGGAAGCCUCGUGGACGUUCUUGGACGGCAUCUACUUCUGCUUCAUCUCGCUGUGCACCAUCGGACUGGGGGAUUUUGUACCGGCGACGCAGCCGGGCCUCAAGCACAGGGGGCUGUACCAAAUCUCUGUGAUGGUCUACCUCUUCCUGGGUCUGAUGAUGAUGUACCUCCUGCUGAGCUUCUUCCACAAGAUGGCCGACCUGCACGGCCUCACCACCUUGCUGCAGCUGCCGCGCUGCGACGACUCCGACCUGGAGGACGACAGGGAGCCCAUUGUGGCGGACCAACCCAAAGGCCCUCCGCUAAAAGACAAAGCCGCCAGCAAACCUCUGGACCCGUCCUCCCAGGCGACGUACAACAGCAUCUCCAAGGGCUGAGCGGCGAGCACGGGAGAACAGAGGGACGCUCUUCCACCGCAGGUCCACGCUCAGAUCUGGAUCAGCUGAGAGGAUCGUUGGGAUCAGAUAGUUUUGAAACGUCCCGAAAGGGAAAAGCUUUAAUAGAAGUUUGAGGUUCAGUUUGAGUUUCUGCCCUGUUUUUUUUUUUUUUUUCAGAACUAAACUCAUUUACUGGUUUUAAUAAAUCAGAACGUUUGUCUCUUAUUGGGAAAGCCUCAACAGCAGUGAGGCUACCCUGUGAGGUGGUGCUGCCCCCUGGUGUCCACCUGCUGUCAUUACACUGGAGGGGGUGGAAGAACUUCAACCAAAGUUAAACCGAACCUGCUGUGACUCCAAACACCAGGAAGCUCCUGGAGAUCAACCGUUCUGUCGUUUCUGAAAUAUGAAUGUUCAUAAAAAAAUUCUAUUGAAUAAAGAUUUUGACUGAAAUCUAAA